AGAAAGCAAAUUUAAAAAACAAAAAAGCUCCAAGACCGAGCGGGAGCGCGGCGACCGAUGGCUUCGCUGUACCAGAGAUUCACCGGCAAGAUCAACACCUCCCGGUCCUUCCCGGCGCCCCCCGAGGCGAGUCGCCUCCUGGGCGGCCAGGGGGCCGAGGAGGACGGUGGCGGUGCGGGCGCCAGGACCCUGCGACCCCAGGUGCCUGCGGCGCCCCAGGAGCACGGCGGCGGCGGCACUGGGGGCCGGCCCCGGUUCCAGUAUCAGGCGCGGAACGACUGCGAGGACGAGGAUGAGCUGGUGGGGAGUAAUCCUCCACAAAGGAAUUGGAAAGGAAUAGCAAUCGCUUUGCUUGUUAUUCUGGUAAUCUGCUCCUUAAUUGUCACCUCAGUCAUCCUGCUUACACCAGCGGAAGAUAACAGUCUGUCUCAGAAGAAGAAGGUGACCGUGGAAGACCUAUUCAGCGAAGAUUUCAAAAUUCACGACCCUGAGGCUAAAUGGAUAAGCGAUAAAGAAUUAAUCUACAGAGAACAGAAAGGAAACGUGAUACUGCGAAAUGUUGAAACAAAUAUUUCUACCGUGUUAAUAGAAGGCAAAAAAAUUGAAUCAUUAAGAGCCGUCAGAUAUGAAAUAUCUCCAGAUAAAGAGUAUGCGCUUUUUUCAUAUAACGUGGAAUCAAUAUAUCAACACUCCUACACUGGAUAUUAUGUUCUGAGCAAAAUUCCUCAUGGGGAUCCGCAAAGUCUGGAUCCACCAGAAGUCAGCAAUGCCAAGCUUCAGUAUGCAGGAUGGGGCCCUAAAGGCCAACAGCUGAUAUUCAUCUUUGAAAAUAACAUCUACUACUGUGCACAAGUCGGGAAGCAGGUGAUACGUGUGGUUUCUACCGGGAAGGAAGGAGUCAUUUACAAUGGCCUGAGCGACUGGCUGUAUGAAGAGGAGAUCUUAAAGACACACAUCGCGCACUGGUGGUCUCCCGACGGCACGAGGCUCGCGUACGCCACCAUCAACGACUCCCGUGUCCCCCUCAUGGAGCUGGCGACCUACACUGGCUCCGUCUACCCAACUGUGAAGCCCUACCACUAUCCCAAGGCUGGAUGUGAAAACCCCAGCAUUUCCUUACAUGUUAUUGGUUUAAGUGGACCUACCCAUGACCUGGAAAUGGUGCCACCAGAUGAUCCAAGAAUGAGGGAUUACUACAUCACAGUGGUGAAAUGGGCCACCAGUACCAAAGUCGCGGUGAACUGGCUGAACCGGGCCCAGAACGUGUCCAUCCUCACCCUCUGCGACGCCACCACCGGGGUCUGCACCAAGAAACAUGAGGAUGAAAGUGAAGCCUGGCUCCACAGACAGAACGAAGAGCCGGUCUUCUCCAAGGACGGCCGGAAGUUUUUCUUUGUCAGAGCCAUCCCCCAGGGAGGACGAGGAAAGUUCUAUCAUAUCACCGUGUCGUCGUCCCAGCCCAACAGCAGCAAUGACAACAUUCAGUCAAUUACCUCUGGGGACUGGGAUGUGACCAAGAUCUUGGCCUAUGACGAGAAGCGGAAUAAAAUUUACUUCCUCAGCACGGAGGACCUGCCAAGACGACGACAGCUCUACAGUGCCAACACUGUGGGCAACUUCAACAGGCAGUGCCUCUCCUGUGACCUGAUUGAGAACUGCACCUACUUCAGUGCCUCCUUUAGCCACAACAUGGAUUUCUUCCUGCUGAAGUGUGAAGGUCCUGGAGUUCCCACAGUAACAGUGCACAACACCACAGAUAAGAAAAAAAUUUUUGACCUAGAAACAAACGAACACGUACAGAAGGCUAUAAAUGAUCGACAGAUGCCUAAAGUAGAAUACAGGAAGAUUGAGAUUGAUGAUUAUAACUUGCCAAUGCAGAUCCUGAAGCCGGCCACCUUUACGGACACAGCCCACUAUCCCCUGCUCCUGGUGGUGGAUGGAGCCCCGGGGAGCCAGAGCGUGGCUGAGAAGUUUGAGGUGAACUGGGAGACGGUAAUGGUGAGCAGCCACGGAGCUGUGGUGGUGAAGUGUGAUGGCCGUGGCAGUGGGUUCCAAGGGACCAACCUGCUGCAUGAAGUGAGGAAGAAACUGGGCUCUGUGGAGGAGAAGGACCAGAUGGAAGCUGUGAGGAAGAUGUUGAAAGAACAAUACAUUGACAAAACACGUGUUGCUGUGUUUGGGAAGGAUUAUGGUGGGUACCUGAGCACUUACAUCCUCCCAGCAAAGGGUGAAAAUCAAGGUCAGAUUUUCACCUGUGGCUCUGCUGUCUCUCCAAUAACAGACUUCAAGCUCUAUGCUUCUGCCUUCUCCGAAAGGUACCUGGGCCUCCAUGGACUUGACAACAGAGCGUAUGAGAUGACCAAAGUGGCCCACCGCCUGUCUGCGCUAGAGGGGCAGCAGUUCCUUAUCAUCCAUGCCACUGCUGACGAAAAAAUCCAUUUCCAGCACACGGCAGAACUCAUUACACAACUAAUUAAGGGAAAGGCUAAUUACAGCUUACAGAUCUACCCUGAUGAAAGCCAUUACUUCCAUAGCGCCUUCCUCAAACAGCACCUGUACCGCUCCAUCAUCAGCUUCUUUGUGGAGUGCUUCAGGAUUCAAGACAAACUCCCCACAGUCACAACGAAAGAGGAUGAGGAAGAGGACUAA